AUGCUUUCUUGUGCGUUUUUCAGGCGAGGAUUUAACACCCAACUUUCAAGUCGCAAUGAGAUGGUGCAGUGCCUUACCUGCUUUGAGUGCUACCACUGCGUUUGUUUGGGCAUUUCUUUCGAAGAGGCCAAGGAUUCCACCAUAGUGGAUUGUGGCUGGACGUUGCCCCACCCAUAUCGGAGCCACGACAUGUGAGUGUACAGUGGAAUCCCUAUUGUUCGAACCUCCUGAUAACUCGAACCCUUGAAAUGCUGUUUCCCUUCCCUCAGUUAAACACUGUAACUUUACACCGAUUCCUAAAGCUACCUUAUUAUUUGAACAAAGUUUUGUUUAUCUUGAAUGUUAGAAAAAAUCUUGAUUCCACUGUACUUUCUCUGUUUUGUUUUGGCUCGUUUAUAAUGUUUUUAAACUUAGCGUUCUGUUCAUUUUAUCCAUUUUAUUUUGUAGAUCGGUGUACUCAAACCAAGGUAGCAUUCUACGGUUUCUAGAGAAGGCAUAUUUGAAGGUUUGUACGUUAACGAUACACUUAUUAUAAAGAAUUUAUCAAAUCUAAAUUACGGGUUAAAGUUUGUAUUGCUUCCUUUCAUUUUCAGACAUUAACAACAGAACUCCUAAUUAACAAAAGUAUACAUUAAGGUUGGCACUGAACACCAAACAUCGUCUUUUGUUGCACCGAGACUUGAUGAGGUUGGUAGCAACUGGACCCCUCGGAGUACACGCGGUAAUUCCAUUUGGAGAUUUAAAAAUAUCUGAACAAAAAAAAUUUCGAUACUUAGAAUCGCUUGUAGGACAUCGACAAUUACUGAUUGUGUGCAGGGACAAGUUGCUUUGCUACGUAAUUUCGUUUUUUCAGUGUUCUUUAAAAGAUGAUUGUUUAAAUGCCAUUAUUCCGCAUAACGCAGAAAUAAAUAUGCUCGCACGGCCUUAGUUUAGUUUAGUUUCGCGAUUUUCGGCUAUCAUGGUACACAACAUGCAGGGUGUUUAAAACUAACAAAAAAGUAAAGCGACCUUUGCGUUUUUUAUCUAGUGCUUAUUGACAUUAUGAUCCUUUCGUUUUCAAACAAACAGGCCGAGUGCAUGACAGCAGUUGCAAUGCCUAUCAUUGCUUCACUUACGAAAGACCUUUCCUUACAGACCCGCCUCUUUAUGGAUGUGAUGCUACCAGAAGUAUUGUAUUUGAAAUUGUUUCUAGAACGGCACGGCUUAUGGGUUAGUAUCUGA